AUGAUAUCUCCUGUGAGACUUACUUCUUAUAACUACUCUCCGGCGGCCACUCUCCGGCGACUCUCCCCUUCAUGUUCACAAACAAUCUCAACCUCAACCUCAACCUCAACCACAACCAACACUAAUCUCCGUUUAGGCAAUAGAUGGGUUGAGUAUCAAGGCACAAACAACUGGUCCGGUUUACUCGAUCCUUUAGACGACAUUCUCCGGUCCGAGAUUCUCCGCUACGGCCGAUUCAUCCAAAAUGCCUACACAAGCUUCACAGAAGACCCAUCAUCUCCAACGGUAACCGAAAUGAAUAAUUCCGGCUACCGUGUUACUCAACACCUCUAUGCCACCUCCGGCAUAAACCUCCCUGGCCGAUCUAGCUGGAUCGGCUACAUCGCCGUUUGCGAAGACGAGGAUGAGAUCUCUCGAUUAGGCCGGCGAGACAUCGUCGUCACCUUUCGUGGCACCGUCACACCUUUUGAAUGGCUUGAGAAUCUCCGAGCAGCUCUAACUCACCUUCCUUGUAACUCCGGCCCCAUGGUCGAGUCCGGCUUCUUUUCACUGUUCACUAAUCCAGGACCGGCGAGGAGAAGUCUCCGAGAUGAGCUCCGGCAUGAGAUUCGUCGACUGCUUGAUCUUUAUUCCGGCAAUGCCGAUUCAAUUCCGAUAAGCUUGACAUUCACCGGGCACAGUCUUGGUGCUGCGCUUGCCGUGUUAUCGGCUUAUGACAUGACCGAGACUUUCGAUGAUGCUCCGAUGGUCACCGUCAUGUCCUUCGGUGGACCACGAGUCGGCAAUGCGAGUUUCCGGCGACGGUUAGAGGAAAAAGGGAGUAAAGUUCUGAGAAUUGUGAAUAGCCAAGACAUAAUAACAAAAGUGCCAGGUUUUGUUUUGGAAGAGAAGAACACCGGUGAUGUCGGUGUGCCGAAAUGGUUGAUUUCGAAGACAGGUUGGGUUUACGCUGAUAUCGGUUGUGAGCUCCGGCUGGACGGUGACCGGACGGUGAAUGUGGCAGCUUGUCAUGACCUGAGUUUGUAUUUGAAGCUUGUUAACCAACUUAACAGUGUAUCUUGUUCGUGCCCCUGUCCAUUUGAGAGGGAACCUGGUUUCUGGCGCCCUUUCUCAACCACUUAA